AUUGUAUAUAUUAUUUUUAUAUGUAUAGAUUUUUUUUAUUUUUUUUUAAUUCUUUUAAAACUAUAUUCUAAAUAAUUUUUUUUAGCAACCUCAUAGGUACAGCAUUAUAUAAUGAUACAAUGUAGAGCCUCAUAAAACGUGUUCAUUUUUAGUAGGUGUGUCAUGGCUCAAUAAAAACAACACGGGCCGCUCUUUGGAGACCCCUGCUUUACGUCACUCACCUGGACUAAAUGGUUAGCAACCCAUUUGUACAGCUAAGUACAAAUAUGAACGUGCUGUUUGUGUGUUUCGUCUUAAUGGUGCUACCAUUAGCAUUUCUGAUAUUUCAUGUUCUGACUUAAAUAUUUAAAAAUGAAAACACAUUAAAGGGGAGUCAAAACGUUUUUAACGUAGAGCCCAUGUCCUGGCGUCACUGCAGUCUCUCUUUCCUACAGUCGUUGAACGCAUCACCGCACACUUCCGGGUGUACAGGACGCGAGGAGGCGGAGAUGCCAGGCCGCGGAUGCAGCUCUCUGUCCGGCUGACGGUGUGAGGGGGAACCGCAGCCAUGGCCUCGGAAAGAAGUGGCGUCUGCCUCGUCCUGGUGAUGAGUGGCGCCCCCGUUCUCGGCAGCUUCCUGGUCAGGAAGUCCAGCCCAGCAUUGGCAUGAGGGACAAACAGCAGGACUCGCUUGUAGAAAGAACAGAAGGAGGUGAAGACAUGAGCAGGGACUCAAACGGGACAUCAGAUGUUGUUGAAAUCACGCCAGAGGCCGUCAGCUUCCUGACGGCGGUGGGCGUCCUGGUUGCGGCGCUGGCCCUCCUCUUCCUCUUCAUCAACAAGAUGCUGUGCUUCUCCCGCGUGGGGGGGAUGCCGUGUCUGGAGCAGCAGAGCCACAGCAGAAGAGCCCACCAAGGCCUCGUCAAGACGUUUGGCAGCGGCGGCGAAGACGGCGCCGGCACGUCCUCGGACAGCGACAAUGAGGUCAUGAAGCAGUUUGAGAUCUCGGUGUCACGCUCGCAGAGUUUGCGCGUGAGUCAGCCUAAAGGGGACGACCACCACCACGACCACCACGACCACCACCAGCAGCAGCUUCGGUGGGCGCUGAGCCGACGAAAUAAAUUUUCCCGCCUCUCCAAACACGAGGAGGGCAGCACCGAGCCGUCUGACAGUGAAGACGUCCUCCCGCCUGCCGUCAUGGAGGCUCCGGGCGAACAAAACCUCCUGGACCCGCACUCGCCAGCACCUUCAGGGGUGGAAAAACCAGACGGGAUGGAGUCGUUAGCCGUCAUCCAGGAGAGUCCGAUGCACGGAAUGAUCCGACCCAACACGGACGGCAGCGAGGACGCCGAAACCAGCCAGGAAAGGACAGACAGCUCCUCCACAUGGAGCCCUGAGCAAGAGCAGCCCCGCCUUCAUGACAUCACCCCCCCGCCAACAAGCUCCUCCCCCCAGUCGCCAGUCUCCAAGUGCUGCGACCUGGUGGUCUCUCUGGAAUACCGUCCCACUACGGAAAAGCUGCUGGUCACGGUGGUGGCGGCGCGGGACGUCCCUGACAAGGGUCGCAGCGGGAUGGACUCGUGGCAGGUCCACAUGGUCCUGCUGCCCUCCAAGAAGCAACGCCACAAGACCUCCAUGAGGCGGAGCCUGCCCAUCUACUUCAACCAGACCUUCAGCUUCCUGCGCGUGGAGCCCUCGGAUCUGCGCGUGUCGGCCCUCAGGUUCCGCAUGUACGCCCUGGAGGGGAGGCUGUCCCGGGAGCGCAUGAUGGGCGAGACCGUGCUGCGCCUCGCGGAGCUCGACCCGGCCGGGACCACCUUGGAGACCACGCUGGUCCUGGAGCCUCGGAGUAACAUCAAGAGCAUGGACUCGCUGCUGAGCCUGGCGGGCGUGUCCCACAGCGACAGCGCCUCGUCCACGCAGUCGCUGACGCACGGCGGCGCGCCGGAGCUGCUGGUGGGCCUCACCUACAACGCCACCACGGGGCGCAUGUCUGUGGAGCUCAUCAAGGGAAGCCACUUCAGAAACCUGGCGGCCAACAGACCACCAGGUCAGAGGAGGCCAGGUGUUGAGGAUCUUCCCGAAGACCACGCCUUUCAUUGCCAUCUUCUUCUUCUUCCAGACACGUUCGCUCGCUUGACGCUGCUCAACUCGGUGGGCCAGGAGAUCACACGCUGCAAGACGUCGGUGCGCCGCGGCCAGCCCAACCCCGUCUACAAGGAGACCUUCGUCUUCCAGGUGGCGCUCUUCCAGCUGUCGGACGUCACGCUCAUGAUGUCGGUGUACAACCGGCGCAGCUUGAAGCGCAAGGAGAUGGUGGGCUGGGUCGCCCUGGGCCAGAACAGCAGCGGCGAGGAGGAGGAGCUCCACUGGAGGGACAUGAAGGACGCCAAAGGACAGCAGGUGUGCCGCUGGCACGUCCUCCUGGAGGCGUGACGCCCCCCCCCCCCCCCCUCCCUGGCCUGGAUGCACUUUUAGACCCCCCCCCCAACGGUCGAGGGAAACGAGCUUUUAUAACGUUUACAAUCACGUUUCUUUAUGAUCUUUGUUGGAGUGUUCACCAUCAACUUUUUUUUUUUUUUUUUUUUUUACAUAUAAUUACAUUUGAGGAUGCCUGCCAAUCAAAUAUCUCGUUAUAGAGGAGGCUCGUUACAGUUGGGUGUUUCAGCCUGAAGCUCAUUUUAUUCAGCGCUCUGCAUAUUGUAAAAAAAUACAAUCAAAUAUUCAUGAAUGAAUAUUCAUUUUUAACGCUUAUCCUCACCAGGGUCGCGGGGGUGCUGGAGCCUAUCCCAGCUGUCUUGGGUCCACCCUGGACUGGUGGCCAGCCAAUCCCAGGGCACAUAUAGACAAACAACCAUUCACACUCACAUUCAUACCUAUGGACAAUUUGGAGUGGCUAAUUAACCUAGCAUGUUUUUGGAAUGUGGGAGGAAACCGGAGUACCCGGAGAAAACCCACGCAUGCACGGGGAGAACAUACAAACUCCACACAGAGAUGGCCGAGGGUGGGGAAAGACAAAAUAAGAAGCUAAAAAUUACCACUUCCACACAAGCGAGGAGGAGAACUCAUUCAUUUAUUUUCUACCGCUUUUCCUCACAAGGGUCAUGGGGGGUGCUGGAGCCUAUCCCAGCUGUCUUGGGGCGAGAAGCGGGGUCCACCCUGGACUGGUGGCCAGCCAAUCACAGGGCACAUAUAGACAAACAACCAUUCACACUCACAUUCAUACCUAUGGACAAUUUGGAGUGGCUAAUUAACCUAGCAUGUUUUUGGAAUGUGGGAGGAAACCGGAGUACCCGGAGAAAACCCACGCAUUCACGGGGAGAACAUGCAAACUCCACACAGAGAUGGCCGAGGGUGGAAUUGAACUCGAUGACAAAGAUAUAUUAUUACUGUACCUAUAACACAAUGCUAACUUGGCUAGCUUAGCAUAUAGUAUUGACCUACAUGUAUUGAUCAAAGCAAAAAUUUAACAAACCCCCCCCCCUUUGUGAGUGUGAAUGGUUGUUUGUCUAUAUGUGCCCUUGGAUUGGCUGGCCAUCAGUCCAGGGUGGACCCCGCCUCUCACCCCAAGAAGACACCUGGGAUAGGCUCCAGCACCCCCAGUACAUGUGUGUACCACAGUUAAAAGGACCACCACUUUGACACGUUUAUGUCAUGUUAUGUCAUGUUACACAUAUCAUAUCAGAAAUGAAGAGUUAUUGGCCAUAUCAGUUUUCAGCACAAAGUUUUCCGACAUUUCUCAUGACUUUUAUUGCAAAUGUUGAUCUGAAAUCACAGCAGGGGUGAAACGCGGGGAUGUGCCGUACAUCGGUCCAGCGCUGUCGCUAGGUGACUUGCGUUUACAACAUUUGUUAGCUGGCGGCUAGGAAUUGACGCUCGUAUCCUAAACCCCAAUUCUAAAGCGAGAGGGACCAGUUUUGGGUGGACCCCUCCCGUCGUGUCAUUUGAAUGCACCACGGCAUCAUACGUGAAAUGCCGCGUAACCGACCGCACUCUCGUGUCGUUUAUGCAUGACCGCAAGUUGACGUACAGACCAGUCUUGUUUCUAUUUUUGUACAUGGAUUUUUUGUUUUUUU